GCUUUUUGUGUUAGUUUUAUGUACUAAUACUUAUAUAUAGGUACCGAAGUGAUGUUUGAAUCAAACAGUGAUUUAUCAACGAAUAACUUUCAAUAUGUGGUUGUUAAUAAGGAACCUGCUGAAAAGACCAAUAAUAAUUUUAUGAAAUGUUUAGACAAUGUGAGGAAAAUUAUUGGCAGCUUAGACCGAAGCUUAAAGAAGACGCGUAAAUAUGAAGACCAGCUGUUCUAUUGCAAGUCUACACAUAACCACAUCCACGGCACAGAGUUGUCGUGUGAAUCUAGAUCGAAAUGCUCUGAUGCUGACAAAUCGAAGUCUUCUAGAAGUCAUGUAGAUAUAGCUGACUCAUGGUCUACCUUGAGUAUUGUUCGACUUCAAUACCAGUAUGAAGAAUUGUCCAAACGUUAUGAAUCACUGCUCCGUGCGUACGAUGAUCGCAGUAAUGUUUUGAGCAACCGCGAGACAGCUCUAAGUAAGGCUCGAGAGCUGAUGAAGAUGAAGAACAAGCAGCUCAUUGAGGCUAACACAGCCUUGCUCACUGUGGGAGAGAAAUAUCUAAACCUGAGCAGGAAGAAAUUUAUACAGAAGCAGUGGUAUUUAGACCGCAUCGAGCAACUGAAGGACCGCAUACAUGAACUGGUGGCAACAGCAGAAAGGGCUCGCCUCGAGUUGGACGACAAAUUAGUCUAUAUGUCGUCCCAGGAAGAUGAUGAGACAAUCAAAUUACUACUUAAGGAGGUAAGAGCAUGUAACUUACUAUUUCUAGAAAAUCUUCAGUUAAAGUCAUUGUUAGAAGUGAAAGAAGAAAAGAAUAAUAAUAAUUGA